AGUCCGUCUAUUGGAUUGUGUUCAAAUAACACAAAUUUAUGAUAGUUCGAAUUCCCUCUCUCUUAGGACGGAAGCCAUGCGUGCUAAUGGAUUCAUAUUUGGAAAAAUGGUAAAAGCAAGGCUGUUGCAUAGUUAUCUCUGGGACUAUGCACGUGGUUUAUCUGCUAGGGGUGAUGUUUUAUCAGAUGGGAGACAAGAUAAUGAUCUACAGAAACCUUAUAUCAUUCAUAAUCUGUUUGAUAUGGAAGGAGCCACCAAGGAAAUUCCACUUGAGCUAUUUCUUCAAGUUGUGGGUUCUACUGUUAAAGUUGACAACAUGAGAGAGAAGUUUAAGAAGGGAGUGUGUUUAUGUGAUCUUUCUAUUCAAGAGUAUAAUGAUCUAAAUGAUGCUUCGGCAAUUAGGAGACUGUCUUCAAUUGUAACUAUUUUACAGAGGCUGAAGUUGAUUCGGCUAGUAACUAGAGGAAGUUCUGAUGCUGAAGUCAAUUUGUCACAUGCCAGUCCUGUUUAUGCCCUGGAGCUUAAGCCUUAUAUAGAGGAACCAUUAUUGGUUGCAACACAUUCAAAUUCUGGGUUUCUUGAUCUUGGCCCAGAACAGGAGAUUGUCAGACAUGAGUUUAUCCUCUCAAACAGAGAUGACGUUGAUGAAUACUGGCAAUUUUUGGAAUAUACUUAUGCUAGGGUUGAUCCAAAAGUUGGUUCGCAUGCAUUACCAGGGUAUACUGUUCAUGAGAUUUUUGGAUACAGAUCAUGGACCUCUGUUCGAAGAAUGACUGUUGGUCAGCAUGCAAUGCUCUACUGAAACUUCUAGCCAAGACCAAAUGCAAUGAAAAACUUCCAUACAAAAAAUGUAAGGAGAUUGCAAAGAACCUAAAUCUCACCAUGCUGCAGGUGCUUUGUGUAUAUAAUUCUAAGCUGCGACGUCGUCAAAGAAAUAAAAUUGUAAAUGAACUGGAGACCGAAUCCGAUC